AGAGAAGGGUAGAAAGGGCUUCUUUUCAAACAAUAGUAUCAGUCAGUCUUCUUUUGUAAAGGUGUGCUCGAAGUUUUUUUUUCUUUCUUUUUCUCUUUCGUGGACUAUUUUGAACUCUUAUCCGAUUUGCGGAGAGCGUGUGAAGUAGUCUUGGUUAGCCGCAGUACUUUUUUUGAAAGAGAGCGGAGUCGAUGAUGCUCAGGCGCCCAUAACGUUAGGGGACUCGUCAAGUGACGUGCGGUUGUCUUCUACCAGUCGAGGAAGCGAUAAGUUAUACAUAUGUCACUCUCUUCAGUUGAUUCAUAAUGAGUUUGGCUAUCUUUUAUUGAUCACUCUUCAAACACUUCUCUCCAUCUGCCUUCAAUUACGCAAACAAGUUCACCACUUCCAACUCACCAUCCACUCACCGCUGCCUUGCCCGUGUCUUUCCCGACAGAUACCGCUCACCGCUCCGUUGGCCGUACUAUUUCCGUCCAAUGCUCCUUUUUGUUCGACGAAAACUGGACUUCAUAUCAUUUUAGUGUGUCUUCGAAAACUCUAUAAUCAGUCUUCGGGGAAAAUCUUGAUCUCUAACUUAAUGAGAGGUGACUUUGAGAUUCGUACUCUCGCCGGGGGAGCGGCAACAUCGUCAUCAGCAUCGAAUACCAAACCUAAUAUGAGUUCGAGCAAGAAUUCUUCUACUUCCAGUCGGAUCCUGGACAUCCCCUGCAAAGUAUGCGGAGACCGGAGCUCCGGCAAGCAUUAUGGCGUCUACGCCUGCGACGGAUGCAGCGGUUUCUUCAAGCGAAGUAUCCGGCGGAACCGAACGUACGUGUGUAAAAACCGGAGUGGUGGAGGCCCCUGUCCCGUGGAUAAGACGCAUCGCAACCAGUGCCGGGCUUGUCGGCUCAAGAAAUGCCUACAGGUUGAUAUGAAUAAAGAUGCUGUCCAACACGAACGUGGCCCAAGAAACUCAACGAUCAAGAAACAGAUGGCGCUAUAUCUAAAAGAAACGGCGGCAGCUGCAGCAGCAGCGGCUGCCGGUGACCUACCUCCGCCGCAUCUCCCCAAUGGUUAUCUGCCAGGGCCUGCCUUCUUUCACCCGUUUCUCAGCGUUGAGCCCUACCCGAGUAUCAUCGUCAGCCCCGCUGAUUACCCGACCUUUUCCCCUCAAGCCAUACCGUUCUAUCCAACUCCAAAGUACCCUCAUCAUGGCCAUGAACCGGUCACACUGAUGCCCUCUGUCGGUUCACCGGUCCCUCAUGAAUCCGUCUCGCCGAUGCCACCCGUAGGUUCAGUCGAGGCGAUCUGUGAGACCGCCGCUCGCCUUCUCUUCAUGAGCAUCAAAUGGGUUAAAAACGUUCCCGCCUUUAUCAGUUUACCGUACUCAGAUCAGCUCACGUUACUUGAAGAGGGCUGGAGAGAGUUGUUCAUCUUGGGAGCAGCGCAAUGGCAGAUGACAAUAGAUGGGCCUGGUCUGAUGGCUUCAGCAGGUAUGAAACCCCUGUUUCACACAACACCAGCUGAGAAGUUAGCGGCAAUAUCCAGCGAGUUACCGUUAUUACAAGAAUUGAUCGCCAAGUUCAGACAACUCAACGUUGACGCGACAGAAUACGCUUGCUUAAAAGGCAUCGUCAUCUUUAAAAAAGAUGUUAGCGGCGUAAAAGAAGGCUCGGCAGUCGCCAAACUCCAGGACCAAUCACAGUUUGCGCUCCGCAAGUACAUCACCGUUCGCCACCCCUCUCAACCCUAUCGAUUCGACAAACUCAUUCUCUUGCUUCCUAGCGUCAGGGCGAUAAGGCCAACUACGCUGGAGCAAAUCUUCUUCCGGAAAGCCGUGGGAUCGACGCCCUUCCAUACGCUCCUGACAGAUCUGUACAAGAAUGAAAACUUCUAGGACACGAUAGGACGAGAAACUGAAGCUUUGAGCAGGAUCGUAAUGUUGACCUUCACUCUAGUGUGCAGACGUCGUCGCACUUCGGUUUGGCGUUAGUUGACGCUUUGAGACGUUGUUGCACUGUGGUUCAUUCAUGAUCUUCAUGAUGAGUUGGAGACGUUCUUACACUGGGUUCGCUGCUCUUCCGUCAAAGCCGUCAGCUUGCGUUAGUUGACGACUGAGUCGUUGAACUUCGAACACGCACCAAUAAUAUUUACUGCAAUUCAGUCAUGAUCUUUGCUCUGCGCAAGAUGACGCUUUUAUGGA